CGCUUGGCAGUUUAUAGCCAGUGCUCUGGAGGUGAGGGUUAUUGCUGAGAAGGAAGGAUGCCUGCUAUGUGGCUGAAAAAUUCCCCACCACUAUGCAGAACUAUACAAGGAUUAUCUUGGGGGUCAAGGAGGGUCAGGCCUAAUUAUACUUGGAAAGGGGACCCCAAAAGAAUACCAAACGCUGGAGAUUCCCUGAGACAAGUGUCUGAAGAUGGCAGGCAAGCAGGGCUACAGUUGCCUCUCAGAUGGCUGUGUGGAUGUUCCAUCUUCUAGCCCUGAAGGCACUCUGAGCCUCAGUCCUCGUAGCCCAGGGCUGUGUCUCAUCUCUCCUCCCAUUGCUGAAUCCCAUUGGCUGAGCAAUAUGCCAUCACAGCCUGAGUCACCAUCAGAAAUGAAUGUCAUUUUGGAGGAGCUUCUAGCUCCCAUUACAGAAAAGCUUAAGUACUUGCUGAAGAAAGCAGAAGACUUCCAGACAUACCUAUUGUACAGCAGGGACAGAAUGCAGAAGGAGCAAUUCGCCAAAGCUAUGCCUACAUUCCUACAGAUGUGUCAGCCAUACUUCCACUACCUGGAAUCCACAGCACGCAGCUGUACACCUUAUUUAAGGCCCCCACAAGAGCCGGUGCGGAGACGGCUCCUGGAGAUCUCUCAGCAACUGGCUUGUCAACUUGAGCAACUGGUUUUGAUGUAUGCUUCCUUCAGCUUUGUGUCCCUGGAAGAUACAGAUCCAUUCAGUGUCUCAUGUUUCUUCUGUGGCAAGUUUUGGUUGAAUGAGACGCGACAAGUUUCCAUCUUUCAAUAUUGCAUCUCAGCGCCCUACACAGCUGCCCAUGUUCCUCACAAUUUAUACAAAAAGAUGCGCUGGAACCUUGACAUCUUGGAAGGGUCUGCUGGCAAGAACCAAACACCAAAGACAGAAUACUAUUUCCUGUGCUUCCGCGACACAGGUGAUGAAGCAACAGUGAAGAUGCAGAAGCUCUGGUCCAUUGGACGCUGGGUGCCUGUAGAUCCAGACAGCGAGCACAGCUCUGAUGUGCUCUCUUGGGUGUUGUGUCACCAGCCCAUGGGAGAUUACCAGCAGCUCCUGACCAUUGGAUUUGAGGAACCUUCCCACACCUUAGCCACAGAUCUCUUUGUGCAGAUGUUUAAUGCUCAGUGUUCAGGCCUGCUUAACCAAGAGUCCUCCUGCUAGGGACAGCCGGAGACACUUCAUGAUGGCCAGUUACUGAACACAGGCUAAAUGUAUAAUCUUAGCAAUUUAGGGCUUUAUUUCCUUCUGAGGGCACAUUCUUCUUGUUCCCACUUCCUUCUAAUCUCUAACCAUCUGGCUCAUGGCUCAGGGCUGAUCCAUGUCUCUGGAGGAGAGAUCCCCAAAAAUGUUGGAUUGUUUUCAAACAAGUGUAUGGUCUAACUUCAUGAAUA